AUGAAGAUCUUUUACUAUCUUCUCUAUUUCCUGUGUUAUAUGGCCUUCAUUCUACCAACCACAUGCACCUUGGUGAGUUCUGAUGGCUGCUCGCAACGUAAAGGUGAAUGUAAGAGAAACUGCCUUGACGAUGAAAAGCAAAUUGACAUCUGCCUCUCACCACGUAUGAUUUGUUGUACUGAGACAGUGAUAUGA